AUGGAGGUUGCCGUGGAAGCUCAGCGAGCCUCACUCAGUCAUCAACCGGCCCCUCCUUAUACCUCUUCCCCUCAGACUCAUGCCUCGGAAGAGUCAGAGCCACAGCCUGAGUCCCGGGAUCGCCACCAGGACGAACAGACUCAGGACCAGCCACUACAGAACGGCAUCAUGCCCACUCUAGAAAAUGCUCCCCCAUCUUCUGCUACACAUAGCUCUGCUACAGAAACAGAGUCAUCAGCUCCUGACCGACCGGUCGUAGAAACCCUUGCACCGGUCUCGACUGAGACAACCGAGCAGUCAGUCAACACUCAGGUUGUCGAAGUCAUCGAAACCCCUGCAGCGGAUGCUCCCGUUGUGAACGGAGAGCCAGACACGAUGGAGACCGAUACCGCCGCAAAUGGCGGUCAGGCACCCGCGGAUGGCCAGAUACAGUCUCAAAACGAGAAUACGCCGGUAAACGGCACCACUGAACAAGAUGAUCGGUCACAUCCUCGAGAGAACGAGGAACCCUCAGAGGAAUCUUCACCUUCUACUGCUUCAGACGGGUCGACAGACUCCAGCGAGUCAACCGAACGAACGGGAGAAGAUUAUGACGAAGAGGACGAGAACGAUGAGCCGGCCUACUGGGCCGAGUACAAGGAGGACACCUCCGUUGCAGAGGGAGACGAGCUCAAGGAGAUCGAAAGCGGGGAUGCCGAUCACAGUGCUCAUGAAUACGAUUACAUCGAAAAGUCAUUCUACCAUGAAUUAGACGACCCAGAGUAUAAGCCGAUAGAGAAAGCCCGUAUAACGUGGAAGAUAACGGGGAUCCGGGGUACCAAGGAAAAGCCUAACAGAGCUACCAUCAUUCGGUCUCCACCGGCCUACAUCGGCGGAUACUACUGGACGCUAAAAUUCUUCCCUCGCGGAAACAGUGUGGGAUCCCUCAGCGUCUAUCUCGAGUGCUCUCCAACGCCGCCAGUGCAGGAUAAGGUUGUCCUCGAGACUGAGUUCAGAGUCCUCAAGGGGGCUCCCGAUGCCGUUUUGAGCGACUUGACCCCAGACCAGGAAAUUAAGCUGGCUGCCACUGUCACUCCACCACCCAAACCCGCCACACCUGAAGAAUCUGCCAGCAAAAAUCAAGAAAAGGACCGAGAAGAGCUUCCAGAGGUAGACAGCGAGGAAAAGACAGAGUGCGAAUCGCCCUCCAAGCCGAAACCGGACUUCCGUAUCUCGGCUCAAAUCGGAGUCGUUCUUUACAACCCAGAGGAACCACGGACAGGUUGGACUCAAUCUUCCUGCCACCAAUUCAACUCCCACAACUUUGACUGGGGAUGGACGCACUUCCACGGACCCGGACCGUGGAACACCAUCCACCUCCGUCAACAUGGGCAGCGCCAGGCCCUCCUCCGCAACGAUACGCUCUGUUUCGACGCAUAUAUCCGCCUCUUCGAUGAUCCUACAAAGUCCCUAUGGUGGCAUUCCAGUGAUUCGGAGCCUAUUUGGGAUUCUUACUCCCUUGUUGGCCUCAGGCCUAUGGGCGAUGUGUCAGUCAAUUACUGCCAGCACACAGCAGGCUUGGUGCCUUGGCUUCUCCUAACUCCGUUCAGGGAUAUUGUCAAGAGCAUCGGUGUUAUGGACCAUCUUGACCAUAUAGCCGCGCGCCCGAAGCCAGUGUGCGAGGCACUACAGGUUAUCGUGCAUGAGAUGACCGCGGAGAACAUUGCCUCCGUACGCACCGAAGGAGUGCGACGGGCGCUGAGAUACCUGCUCGAGGGCUCAGGAGAUGUAGUCGAAUUCUGGGAACGCCUUCGACGAAGUCUACAGAUCGAGCUUGCUGGCACCGAUGCCAUAGAGAAGCUUGCCUCCAUUUUCGACAGCCCGCACGAUGACUCAAAAAUGUCAGAUGAGUCGCUGAAUAUGCUUCCUCGUGAUUUCAACAGCCGCAUCCGCAUCACCUCGGAAAACACGGAGAGCAUCCAGUGUGGUGUCACAGAAUACUUGAAAUCCCGGGAGGGCAAAUGGUCACUCCCUCCCGUCCUCCAGGUUGAGCUUGCCCGCCAGAAAUUCGAUAAGAAGGCUCGCCAAUGGAAAUUCCUCGUCAACCGUGUACACCGGAACGAGGAACUUGAUCUCUCCAACUUCGUUGACUCUGAGGCUCAGGGUAAAUAUACAUUGUUCAGCUUCAUUGCGCACAAGGGUCAUCGGACAUCACGAUGGUAUUACCCUCUUGUCCGCCCCGGUGGUCAAGGAACACAUUGGCUCGCCUUCAAGGGAGAGGACCCUUACAGAAUCGAAUGUUUAACCGCUAAAACUGCUGCGGAGAGUUACGAAGGCUUAGAUAUCGCGGAGGUCGGAAACGGGGAGCCCGUCAACGCCGAGAUCGCAGUGGCGUUUAUCUACAUCCGCAACGACCUGCAGGACCAAUUCUUGACUCCCAAGCUUGAUUCGUGGACCCCUCCGCCUGCAUGGCACCGUUAUAUGCAGGCCAUCUCACCUGAUAAGUCGGCCGUUAAACCAGACGAGCAGAUUCCAGUUGCCUUCUAUGGUUUAAACGGUGUGUCGAAAGAUGCACGGAAUCCAGCGGCAGCAUAUGAUGUUAUUGAUCACCUCAAUUCAGAAAAGGACACCACAACAAUGACAGUUCCCGUGUCAACGACCGUUGGUGAAUUGAGGGCCAAACUUGCCGCCCAAAUCUCGACGGAGGAAAAACCAGUCACCAGCGAAAGAAUACGUAUGUGGACUGUUGGAGCACCGCAUGAGGUCCGUUUGUUCAAUUUCAGCAUGGAGCCUCUGGUCUCUAUGGGAUCCCAGCUUUUGAGUCUCGGUUGGAAUGCCUUGCGCAUAUGGGUUCAAAUCCUAAACGAGGAAGAUGUAAAAUACUUUUCUAUCCCAGAGUUUGUCCCUCCACCGCCCGUUCCCAACGAGGCAAAUGAGACGAAGGACGAUGUACCAGCUCCUCCUCCACCACCUCCCGUUCAAAAUGAGGAGCAGCCUCAGCCAACCCAGGAGGCUCAACCUCCAAGUCAGGAUGAAGAUGUCGAGAUGAAUGAUGCUAGCCCCGAGGAAAUACCAAUUCAACCCCCUCAGAACCAGGACGGGCAAGAGCAGCAGUCAGACAACCUCCCUAGCGCGCCAGAACCGCCAGAACAUGAAAUGUCCGAUAACGCUCCUGAUCAACCUGAGACCAACGGGGUUGAACCUACCCCUGCUCCUGAAGGUCAGACUGAUGAACAAGCUGCCAACGAAGCCAUAAUUGCCUCAAUAAUAGCCCAGGAUCUCGCACUCUUAGAUGAGUCACAGGAGAUGGACACAAGUGAAGGUUAUACAGAUGCCAAUGCAAUUCCACCACCUCCUCCCGCGGUGGUGGAAGAAGUGUCCACUAAUUCCGCCGGAAAUGAAGCUGAAGAAGGCAGAGAAGCUCAAGAACAUCAUUCUGGCUCCGAAGAUUCGCAGAUGGAAGGCUCUCCGAUUGUCGAAUCACGCAACAACGUUCCUGAAGAAACAAAUGCUCAAACAAGCCAGGAGGAAGCACAAAGAGAAGAGCCUGCAGUCCCUGAACCUCCAGUAAUAAAAUCAGAUCUUAUUCUUCCAUGUGACCAAGUUUACUACUUCGUCCAAGAAUUCGAUGCGGAUAGACAGACUGUCGAAACCGUUGGUGCUUUCUUCGCGAGGUCGUCCUGCAAUGUUCGCGAGGAGGUUCGCAAGACACUAGGGUUGUCUGAGGAUCAGGGAUAUAACUUCUGGUCCCGCCGUAAGGCUGUGGCCUCGGUUCACAGCGUUUCAUCGAGUCACAGAUUCAGAGAUCUGAUGAACGAUGUGGGAUGUAUCAUUUUUGGAAAAACCAUCCCCAAGCGCCGACAAACCGAGCUUGUAGAGGCAGGGUGCUUCCUCUCUCCAGACCGUCUGCUAGAAUACCUCUGGGCGGUUGCUCGUCAACAUCCUAUCAAAUCCUUCACUGGUAAAAAGACCGUUGAAGCCAUUCUAAAUGGCGAAUACUACUCUGGUGACCUCUGCAAGGGCUACUACCACGGCAGCGGAACCCACAUCUCCGAAGCCGGUGAUACCUACUCUGGCGACUUCGUCCAAGGCCGGCGCCAGGGCACAGGUACCAUCGAACACAGCUCCGGUGAUACAUACACUGGUGACUGGUUCGAAGAUCAACCUCACGGCCAAGGGACGUGGGUCGAACACAAGACCGGCAACAAAUAUGUUGGCGGCUACCGUAACGGUAAACGUCACGGCAAGGGAGUCAGUUACUGGGAAGUAGCUGACGAGGAGAUGAACCUUUGCCAAAUCUGCUAUACCGAAGAACAGGACUCACUGUUCUAUACCUGCGGACACGUCUGUGCCUGCGGAACAUGCGCGAGACAAGUCGAGAUUUGUCCCGUCUGCCGAGAGAAAGUCAUCAGCGUCGUGAAGAUUUUCAGAUGUUAA